UAUGUAUAUAUUAUAUAUUAUUUUUGGGCGAAAAGCAGUGUUAAUUUUUUAAACAAUAUUAUGUAUUCACUAAUAGAAUUUGCAAAUGAACAAAAACCUGAAGUUGAAGUGGUCCCUAAUAUUUGGUUAGAAAAAGAGAAGGAAAUAUGGUAUUGUUUUUGGCCUCAAACAAUUUCCACCAAACAAAUUCGUAAGGCUAUCGAAAAAUGUUACUUACCGGACAAAAAUUGGAUAAAGUAUAAAUGCAGAAUAUUGCAUACAUAUGCUUCUUACGAUGAUGCGAGGAAAAAAUUAGUAGAUGCUGAAUUUACAUCUACUUUAGAAACUGAUGUAGAAUUGCAACCAACUAUUGAAUACCAACGGCCAAAAAGAAACGUGAAAAGACCUUUCCGACUUUGUUCGGAUUCUUCAGAUUCUUCAGAAAUUGAAGAAACAUCAUGCAAAAUCCCAUCUCUUCCUACAUUAAAAAUAACACCUACAGAAAAUAGUAAUAUUUUAUCGAAAAAAUCUAUAAUUACUUCAUACAAACCAUCAACAUCGACAGCCGAUAUUAACAAUUCUUCACAAUAUACAUCUAAUAUUACAAUUAGUCCUUCAAGAUCUUUAGAAAGAAUAAUUAGUUUUCCACAGAAUAUAGAAUUCAGAACUAUCUCUCCUCCUACAUUUAAAAUAACAUCUACAAAAAAUAAUAUUUUAUCGAAAAAACCUACAAUUGCUUCAUACAAACCAUCAACAUCGACAGCCGAUAUUGACAAUUCUUCAAAAUGUACAUCUAAUGUUGCAAUUAGUCCUCCAAGAUUUUCAGAAAGAGCAGUUAAUUCUCCACAAAAAAAAGAAUUCAGAACUACAUUGACCACUUCAGAAUUCCACAAAUCAGACUUCCCUUAUCUCAUUCUAACAAAAUUAAUGAGCUUAGAAAAUUCUAUGAACUUGCUUCUUCCGAUGGUCAAACAACUUGUAUCACAUUUUCAAAAAUCAAAAAUACCCCAUAUGGAAAAUGUUCCUGAACUACCAGUUGACACCGAUGAACAUUUGGAAAAUAUGGAAAGAUUUUUAGAUACAAAACAAAAUUUUGAAUAUAUGAUAACAAGAAGAACAUUAGAAAAAGUAAUAACAAAUAAUUAUGCUAAGAAAUUUAAUUGGGCAGGAAGAGCACCUAAAAAAGCGUUCAAAGCUUUAAAAAUAAAAGAUUUGAUUAUAGCUACCGUAAGACAUGUUGAACCAAAUGCUGCAAUAAACACAAUUGAAAAUUCUAUCAAAGAUUGGUUGAAGUUGUCAUCUACUCGUGUCGCUUUAGCAGAAAUUAGGGCAUUAAAGACAUUUCAGCAACAAUAAUGAACUGAAAAAAGCAACAAUAAUGGACUGAAAAAAAGAUUCAUCAGAUCUCAAAAUACUCAUAAUAACCUCAUAAUAUCCUAGCUAUGUUAUGUUGAGAUUUAAUUAUAAGUACAGAAAAAAUAAUUUAUGUUAUGUUGAGAUUUAAUUAUAAGU